AUGAAGAAGAAGAAGAGCCAGAAAUCGCCGGCGGCGGCGACGCCGGAACCCCCCUCCGGCGCGAGCCUCGCCGGCGUUGCCAACUCCUCGUCCAGUCUGAAGGACCUGAUCCGCGAUCACUCUCUGUUCUUCGACCGCCUCGUGGACCUCAUCCCCCCACGCUUCUACCUCUCAGCCGAUGGCGCCGACGAUCGGCCCUGGUACGCAGGGCUCAGCAAGAAGGAACGCGCCGCCGCUAAGAAGCAGACCAGGGAGAACACCAAGAAGUCCCGCCGCGCGCGCCUCGACCCGGAGAAGUCGUCCUCCACUCUCGAUGUUCUCAAGGAGAGAGCCGAAGCCGAGAAGUCCGAGCCGGACUCCGGCGGCGCCGCCGAUGAAGACGAGGAGCCGGAGGACGCCGCCCCCGCCGCCGCCCCCGCCACCGCCCCCGACCGUGUGGUGACCUACGAGGAGCUCCGGGAGCGGCUUCACCGCCGUCUGGAGGAACUCCGCUCCACCAGGAACACUCGUCCCGCCGACCAUCCCAGGAAGCAUAGGGACGACAGGAUGAAGGGGAAGGGGAGGGAGAAGGCUGAUUUAGGGUUUGGGAAGCGGAAGAGAGACGAUAAAUCCGAGGAAGACGUCUCCGAUACGAAGAAGAAGAAACCAGAGGAGAAGGAGAAGGAUCCUUCCUCGGUGGACCUUUCCUUUGGCCAUGUCAAGCUCGGAGAUAAGGAUUACGCAGGGGCUAAGAAGAGGAAGAAGAAGCUGUCCAAGCAGCAAGAACUAGAGAUGGCGAAGCAACUGGAGGAGGCAAAGAAGGACCCAGAGAAGGGGGAAGUGGUCUCGAAGAAGCACUCGUGGAAGGCAGCUGUCAACAGAGCAGCGGGUGUGAAGGUCCAUGACGACCCCAAGCUGCUGAAGGAAAGCAUAAAGAAGGAGAAGAAGAAGCACCAGAAGAAUGCCCAAAAAUGGAAAGAGAGAUCCGAGACCAGGGAGAAGCUGAUGGCUGAGAAACAGAAGAAGCGGUCAGACAACAUAAAGGAGAGGAUCCAUCAGACCAAGCUGAGAAAGAUCGAGAAGCGUGAGAAGAAGCUCAUGCGCCCUGGUUUCGAAGGCCGCAAGGAAGGAUUCCUCAACGAUGCUUGA